AUGCCACUAGCUAGCAAAAUGCUGAAGGAUAUAUGGGUACCCGACACUUACAUUCGAAAUGGACGUAAGUCUUAUCUACAUACACUUACCGUACCAAAUAUUCUUUUCCGAGUAAGGUCAGAUGGACAGGUGCACGUCUCGCAGAGGUGGGUUCCUUCUUCUAGCUUCGUGAAUCUCUGA